GGGAAGGAGGGAAUUCAGAACUGAUUUUUUUUUUUAACUCUCUUUUGUGGACACUUUUUGUCUCAUCUCUGAGGGAAUUGUCUGCUAGCUAAGGUCUUGAUGGCUGAGGCCAGCCUGCUGUGCUCUUAACUUUCCAGUUAGUUAGAUUUCCCCUAGGUCUUGGGCCAAAAAAAAGGAAGCUCAAAAAAUGAAUUGUUGGGACGGUGGCAGGCUGGCAGAGAAAGAACUUUAAGGGGGAAUAGACCUUCCUCCUGAAAUUAUGUCACAGGUAUAUGGAAGUAAGUGGGAACCUGAGAGACUUAUAUGAUGACAAAGAUGGGUUAAGAAAAGAGGAGCUCAGUGCUAUUUCAGGACCAAAUGAAUUUGCAGAAUUCUACAAUAGACUCAAACAGAUAAAAGAAUUCCACCGGAAGCACCCAAAUGAGAUUUGUGUGCCGAUGUCAGUGGAAUUUGAGGAGCUUCUGAAAGCCAGAGAAAAUCCUAGUGAAGAGGCUCAAAACUUGGUGGAGUUCACAGAUGAAGAAGGAUAUGGCCGUUACUUGGAUCUUCAUGACUGCUAUCUUAAGUACAUUAACUUAAAAGCAUCUGAGAAACUGGAUUAUAUCACAUACCUAUCUAUCUUUGACCAGUUAUUUGAUAUUCCCAAAGAAAGGAAGAAUGCAGAGUAUAAGAGGUACCUGGAAAUGCUGCUGGAGUACCUCCAGGACUACACAGACAGGGUGAAGCCCCUACAAGACCAGAAUGAACUGUUUGGGAAGAUUCAGAAUGAAUUUGAAAAGAAGUGGGAUAAUGGUACCUUCCCAGGCUGGCCGAAAGAGACAAGCAGCGCACUGACCCAUGCUGGAGCCCAUCUUGACCUCUCUGCAUUUUCCUCCUGGGAAGAGUUGGCUUCCUUGGGUCUGGACAGACUGAAAUCUGCACUCUUGGCUUUAGGACUAAAAUGUGGCGGUACACUGGAAGAGAGAGCCCAGAGGUUGUUCAGCACUAAAGGCAAGUCCCUGGAAUCAUUGGACUCCUCUCUGUUUGCUAAGAAUCCCAAAUCAAAGGGAACCAAGAGAGACACUGAGAGGAACAAAGAUAUUGCUUUCCUUGAAGCCCAGAUAUAUGAAUACGUAGAAAUUCUUGGGGAACAGCGACAUCUCACUCAUGAAAAUGUACAGCGCAAACAGGCACGGACAGGAGAAGAAAGAGAGGAGGAAGAAGAAGAGCAGAUAAGUGAGAGUGAAAGUGAAGAUGAAGAGAAUGAGAUUAUCUACAACCCCAAAAACCUGCCCCUAGGUUGGGAUGGCAAACCCAUUCCCUACUGGCUCUACAAGCUACAUGGCCUCAAUAUCAACUAUAAUUGUGAGAUCUGUGGCAACUACACCUAUCGUGGGCCCAAGGCCUUCCAGAGGCAUUUUGCGGAGUGGCGUCAUGCUCAUGGCAUGAGGUGCUUGGGCAUUCCAAAUACAGCUCACUUUGCUAAUGUGACUCAGAUCGAAGAUGCUGUCUCUUUGUGGGCCAAAUUGAAACUGCAGAAGGCUUCUGAGCGGUGGCAGCCUGACACAGAGGAGGAGUAUGAGGAUUCCAGUGGAAAUGUUGUGAAUAAGAAAACAUAUGAGGAUUUGAAACGUCAGGGAUUGCUCUAGUGCUUGAGGACAAGCACAGUGACUGGUUGAUCAUCCCAGGAUUUGGCAUUUUUUUAUUCUACACAAGCACAUGUUCCCAAAGACUCUGCUAUGUGAUCUAACAUUCUAGCAUGUGUCUUGUGAAGACAAGAAUUGUGGACAUAGUGAAGAUUUGUGGACUUAGUGAAGAUUUGAAAUAUGUUUAAACUUUUGUUUUAUAUUAAAAAGGGUUCUGAAAAAAAAAA